AACUAACGCUCCAUGACCAUGAGCCUAAUUCCAAGCCAUAAUCGACGACACAGUCCUAUAUAGAAUCGCAAGUCACAGGGCAAUGCGAGCCCAGCCGCUCCUGUAUAUAAAGCAGCCUCAGGUUGCUGUGUCAGAGAGAGAGAGAGAGAGAGAGAGAGAGAGAGAGAGAGAGAGAGAGAGAGUCUCCCAUCUGCAUUGGUCUGAAACUCUGAAUAAUCAUAUGGAGAUCGAGUCGGCCAAGUGCGAGUGCUGCGGCCUCCGGGAGGACUGCACCGGGGAGUACAUCGCCGGCGUGAAGGCGGACUUCGGCGGGCGGUGGCUCUGCGGGCUGUGCUCGGAGGCGGUGCGGGAGGAGGUGGCCGCCAAGAAGCGGGGCGACCUGGAGGGCGCCGUCAGGGACCACAUGUCCUUCUGCGCCAAGUUCGGCAAGAAGGGCCCGGCCUUCCGCGUCGCCGACGGCAUGCGCCAGAUGCUGCGCAGGCGCUCCAGCGACAUCUCGGCCGCCUCCUCCGCCGCCUCAUGAUCGCUCUACCCCUGCGAUGCGUACCCCCUGAUCGAGGGGCGGAGGAAGAAGAAGGGUUGGCUGUGAAGAAGAAGAAGAAGAAAGCAGCUGCCACUGAUAUGAUCAAGCUAGCUAGCGGUGGCGCGGCGAAGCAAGCUUCUGCUGCUGCGCCGGUGAUCCUUGACAAUGGCAGGUUCUAGGAUCGGUUGGUAGUUUAUUAAUGAAUCUUGUCACUGCACUAGCAAGUUGCAAGUCAGUGUCCGUCAUUGGCUUGGUUGUCCUCUAGCUCCAUUAGCUAGAGGGGUGCCAAGCGAAGCCUUCUUAGGCCUAGAAGAAGGCGGCGCUUAUUCUUGAACGUUCGAGUUUUGGUACGAGGACUCAAGGAGAGGUUGUACAGCUCGAACCGCAAUCACAGUGUACCAUUAAUCGCUUCAUAUCAUGAAUUGAAUUUAUUUUUUUCUGCGUA